ACAGCUGCGCUCGUCAUAUCAAAUAGAAGAAAAUUCUAAGCCGUGUCAAUUUUUCUUGCCUAUAGAAUUUUUAGCUUCUGAGUAAAACAAUAGUUCAUAUUAUUAUUUUUCGUAGAAAGUGCACCGUGAAAUGUAAAUUGUGUAAAAAGAUAUGCAUGUUUUCUGUUGCCAGCAAAACUCGUGCUAAUUUUGCAAUAAGUUCACUGCAAACAGUAACCCCUCCAAUUAGAAUUAGAACAACAAAACCAAAAAAAACAAGCGCUUCAGUCCGGACGUUCUGUCGUCGCUAGCGCAACGUUUUCAUCGGCAACGUCUGCAUCGAGGAAGUAGUUAACGAAAAAAUAGUGAUAUUGACGAAACCAGUGACGCAGCUGCGGCGAGGGCAUUGAAGACAAAUCGAAGAAAAAUACCAAGCCAAACCUUUAUUAUAUCGUUUGGGAAAUUGCAUAAAUAUUUGAAAUCUUCUCAUAUAGACUGAUAAAGGCAUCAAGCGCAUUAAAAAAGCAUGCCUUCAAAAAAGAAGAAAUACAAUGCGCGUUUCCCGGCGGGUCGCAUCAAGAAAAUAAUGCAGAGUGACGAGGAAAUAGGAAAGGUCGCACAAGCUGUUCCUGUCAUAAUUUCAAGGACAUUAGAACUCUUUGUGGAAUCGCUUUUAACAAAGACACUGAGGAUUACUAAUUCGCGGAAUGCAAAAACUUUAUCUACAUCCCACAUGAAGCAGUGUAUUAUGUCUGAGCAGCGCUUUGAUUUCUUACGUGAACUUGUGAAAAAUGUACCCGACAUAAGUGUGGCAGAAGAAGCUGCCAACUAUAAUGAAGAGGAUGGCCAGAGUUCUCCCGAAGAUGUUUAUCCCGAUUCGGAUACUCCAUAUGAUCUUAGCAUGCCAUCUACAUCAGGCGGCCGCAACAAUAAUCGUGGAGUUGCCGCAACAAAGGCCAACGGUGGUCAAACAAAUUACCAGUACAAACAACAAUACCAACAACCGCCACAAAACGGUAGUGGCAAUGAUUCUGGUAUGACUGAAACAGAUUUAAGACAACGUAUGCGUCAACGUAUUAGUGGAACACAAAGUGUCAUUAUGCAUACUGCAUCUGUGGUACAAUCACAAUCAGCAGCGGCGACACCACUACCUGCUACAGCGAGCCACACAACUUUGCCGUCCGCGCAACGUGGCGUUCACGGAAAUUAUGUUCAACCACUAAAAUUAAUGCGUUCCGAAUCAUCGCCUGCUAAUGCAGCCCAGCACAUGUGGCAUAUAGCACCAAAUGCUGCAACCCCACAGCAACAGGGGCAAGGGCAACAGAAACGGCUUCGGCAUCAGGCGCAGUCAGUAGCGUGCAGCAACAAUAAUGACAACUGCUUCGACUCAUCGCCGCCAAAGCGUCAAAAGUGUGAGCCAACAACACAACAAACACAUUCACAAACUGCCAUACCCGCGCCUGUUUUCAGCUACGAUCUUUGCAAUAAGCCCAUUGUAAAGAUAGACUACAGCAAUCUGCCGCUAACACCUGCCAUUAGGGGCACCAGUGAACAGCUCAACACAACCGCAGCCAUAGGCAACUUAUCGUUGAGCGCACCUGUGAGGAAUGCGAGCUUCAAUUUUAGUGUUGACGCACCCAUCAUCAAUAUCGAUUUGUCAAACAUUGUAACGACCUGCGUUGAGAGCAAAAAAACAAAAGGUAAUAAUGUGCCCGCCCCAGCUGUUGCAACAAUAAGCAUUGGUGCCUUGCCGGUUGAAUUGGCAAAUGCUGGUGCAACGCAACCUACAAGCACGGGCAACAUUUAUGGCAAAAUUGGAGCUGAUAAAGCAUCAUCUACGUCCACUACUCCGCCCUCAAUUCAAAGUACUGAUUCAAAAACGGACUCUAAUACCACAACCGUCGAUAGUACGUCAUCGUCAGCUUCGUCAUCCAGCUGCUCACCAUCAUCAUCGUUUGCGUCGACUUCAGCCAAUAGUCAACAGGGUGGAAAUAAAGCCAUGCUAAAAGCAUCAACUGAUAUAAUGGCAAAAAUGACUGCGCCAAGAAAAAAUGCACUCUCGGCAACGUGUAAAAAUUCAAACUCGUGUUUCGAGUUAGACGAAGACUAUGACAAUAUUUGAAUAUAAUGUUUUUAGUUUUUAAAACUUAACUAUUGUGUUAAGGAUUUUUCCUUUUUUUUAAUAAAUUCAGACUACCAAAAAAAAAAGUUGAAGAUCUCUUGCAUU